AUGGGAACUGUUUUGACCGAGUCACAGUCUACAGAGCUACACAAAGCGAUAAUUGGAUAUCUAUCAACAAUAAACGCCCAGAAAUCUGUGACAACUCUACGGGACGAAUUGGGGUUGAAUGAAGAUUAUACCGACCAGACACUGCAACAGCUUUCCAAGAUACUGAAGAAAAAAUGGACUACCAACACACUACUUCAGAGGAGGAUCAUGGUGCUAGAAAGUCAGGUCGAACAACUAAGCAAAGAACUUGAAUCAUUGCCUAAAUCACAGCCACGCAGCAAGGACCCAGUCAACUGGCUUCCAGUACAGCCAACAUAUACUUUGCAAUCUCACCGAGCUGCAAUUACAUGUGUGGCAUUCCACCCUCGAUUCUCCUCUUUGGCAUCCAGUUCAGAGGACUGUACCAUCAAGAUCUGGGAUUGGGAGCUCGGUGAACUCGACAAGACCUUUAAAGGACACACCGGAACCAUAACAGGGCUUGAUUUCGGUGGUCAAAAUGACCGCACCAUACUUGCCUCCUGCUCUAAUGACCUACUAAUCAAGAUCUGGGAUCCUAGCAAUAAUUACGCGAACAUUCGAACUCUCUCAGGACAUGAUCAUUCUGUGUCUUCUAUUCGAUUUCUCCAGCCGGAUCAAAAUAUCCUUGUCUCAGCUAGCCGUGACUCAUCGAUUCGUUUAUGGGACGUCUCAAGUGGCACCUGCGUGAAAACAAUUUCUACAUAUUGCGACUGGAUCCGGGAUGUGGCACCUUCGUUCGAUGGGAGAUGGCUUGUAUCUGGUGGUAAAGAUCAUGAUGCAACAAUUUGGGAUGUUACCACAGGUGCUUCUCAAGCUGUCCUUCGAGGCCAUGGAAACUACCUCGAAUGCUGUGCUUUUGCUCCCCCAGCCAGCCAUCGGUAUCUUGCAGCACUAGCAGGCCUUAAACCAGAUCCGAAAGUGACACCAUCAGCUUUAUUUGUUGCUACAGCCGGUCGGGAUAUGGCGAUCAAGCUUUGGCAUUCGCACGGUGCCCUGAUUAAGACUCUGGUGGGUCAUGACGGCUGGGUUCGAGAUUUGGUGUUUCAUCCAGGCGGAAGAUACCUGCUUAGUGUGGGCGAUGAUCGAGUGUUACGGUGCUGGGAUCUGGCUGAGGGGGCAAGGUUGUGGAAGACAAUGGAGAAUGUGCAUGGCGGGUUUGUCAGUUGUAUUCGAUGGGUGCCUAAUGCACCGGGUGAUGUUGAAAACCCCAGUUUAUCGACGCUUUGUCUGGAAACUAAAAGAGACCCUGGAAGUGAAAGUGGUCAGUCUGAGUUAAGAUGUGUUUUGGCUACUGGUAGUGCAGAUCGGAAAGUACGCAUCUUUACUGCUUAG